AUGGGUUGUGGAGACUCGAAAGUAAGACAAGGAGGUCCCUCAAGACCUCCGCCGCCUCGAGGAGGGCCGAAUUCGGCUUCUACGAAAGUUGAAGGACGAGCAAAUGGUCCAAAUGAAGAGACGUCACGCGUAGAAAGUAAGGGCAGCGCACCUCCUGAACCUGAGGUGAAUUCCACACCAGUCCCAACAAAACCUUUAGGAAACGGAGUUGAUAACAGUGGUGCGGAGAAGACAAACGCCCCACCAACCGGCUCAGCUCCACCCGCGCAAAAUUGCUCACAGCAAAUAGAAUUGGAUGAUGAGGGUAAUGCAUUAGUGCUGCCGAAGGGCGAAUGGGUGCGUACGGAGGGAACCCCGUUUUACUAUUCGGAUGCGGAGAAUUUGUAUUUCCAUCCUCCAAGUUGCCAAUUCUAUGAUCCAACAAAUGAGAUGUGGUACGAUCCUGAGCAAGACGAAUGGUAUCGCGACGAUGACCCCGCUGAGUAG